AUGUCGACGUCAACAUUAAUUAGGCUGGAUGAAACUGGCAAUGCAGGGAAUGUCGCCGUGUCCAGCAUUUCGGUAGCGGCUCUCUGCAUGCUUUGGAUUUAUGUCGCUAAUCAUGUUAGUCGGCAUGACCCGGCCAGGAAAUCGUUUGCUAUCUGGAUGCAAAUACUCUUACCACUCCAAGAGGCCGUGCCAUUAAGACUUGCUGUUCUAUAUCUAAGCGAAUCAGCAACCAAAGUCCAGGACGGUUAUAUCACUAGACCCGAACAUAGCCCCUAUCCUUGGCGGUCGUGGAGUAAUCGCAACAGGUACUACGACCCAAGCUCGAAUGCACUCUCGUCGGCCGUGAGAAUAGCAAGAAUCUCGGGCCUCGUGAACCUCCUAUCUCGUCUGGCCGACGCUGUCAUUCUCAUCAUAUUUUUCGAGCUGGGCCACGGCUUCAUGUACGCGCGCCUCAGAACCAUCACCGUCUACCAAUCCGUGCUGCGAUCCCUUUCGGUCACCAUCGCCCUGGCCGUGACGGUCACAGCGCUGGUCUCCGCCGGCAUCUACCUCGCAAACGUAGAAUCCUGGCUCAGAGAAAUGGAAGAGUAUCACGAGGACUGGAGGAUGAACAACUUCAGAACCUACGCCACCGCUACCGUGGCCGCCGAUGUGUUGCGCUGGGCCGCGACGCUGCCGGCCAUCGCUUAUGCCGCCAAGAUCGUGCGUGUCUGGAGUGGCCAGAGUAUACGACUCAUCGCGGGACGUUAUCUUUUGGCAACCGUCAUCAUGUUCCUGCGUUGCUUCACGUUUAUUGGGUUCGAGGGGACGCUCGGUCCUGAUAUGACUCCUGCUGACCCAGACGCAGCAAAGGGAACGUUCAGGGCUGCUUCUAACUGGCCGUCAAUCAAGUAUGCAGCUCACAUCUUGAGUUGGGUUUUCUUUGUCAUGGUCUCCGGGAUUCUUGUCAACAUCGGAGCCAAGAAGAAGGACGGACUGUGGACGACAAAACAGUCAUUCCAUGUAGGCUUUUCUCCCAUUCCAGACCCUGUUUUUGGCCACGAUGAGGGACAAUCGACUGUACCAAUGAACCAUGUAUAUGUCAGUGAUGAUGAGAGGACCAUAGUAUCGGACGGUCGACCCCAUGGAUAG